CGUAUGCGCAUGCGCAUACGGCUAAGGCAAGCAAGUCCACGACGUACAGUACGUCAAUGCGGUAGUAGUGUAGCUUAGUCGAAAGAUUUGUGUACAGUCCUGUACAAGCGUUCGAAAACGGGCCAUAAGGUUGAAUCGGUGACGUGUUCUCGAAACAGUCAUGGGGAACGCAGAGAGCGGCGGCGGAGGCGGAGGCGACGACGAAGACGUAGGAACGGAGAGCCCAGGUUUGGCGGAAGACAGUCCGGCCUCUGCGCCCACUGGCGUCGGAGGCACCGGCACCGCUCCCGGGAGAGGCGGAAGACGGUUACCGAAGAAUGCUUGCGUGCCCACCGGCGGGCCGCCGAGCCCCGCCGUCUUCUUCGAACAAGUCAAACUAAGAGAAGCGGCAGCUCGUAUUAGUGACUCGGGAGUCGCCAUCCGGGAGUCUGUCCUGGCAGGGAACGAGGGAGUCCUGGUCCGGUGGCUGGAGGAGCGGUUAAAUCGAGGCGAAGAGUUCGUCAAUGUCGAACAGUUUUGUGAGAUGCUGGAGAGCAGAGAUGUGCCCAGAGAUGAAUGCGAAGAGGCCUUUGGACAGUUCGAUGCCGAGGGGGAUGGGGUGGUGGACGUCGAGAGCAUGCUGAUUACGCUUAAGAACUCCAAUGGAGCUAAUCUACGGGGAGAGCUGAGUCAUGUGAUAAGGCAGCUACAGGUGUGCUCCCUAACGCCAGGUUUUGUGGACAUAUUCUCCAAGACCAAAGACCGUUUAGGGGCACAUGCCUUCAAGAUCCUGAAGUUUUUGCACAGGAAUCAUAUUCCCAGCAGUGCUAUCCCUUUCCCCAUUUUAGACGGCUACAACAGCAUCUGCGCCAUGAGGUCGAGUGUGGUCCAAGACUUCUUAGAGUUCCUCUUGCAAAGGGAAAAAGAUCUAGAUAUCCAAUACAGAGCGGAGCUGGACCGUGACCCAGAUGUGGACAAGGUGAAGGUGGUCACACAAUGCUACAGCACGAUAGAAGCUUCAUCCAACGUUGCUGAUGUUUACAAGAUGACAAACGGAGAAACGUCAUCUUUCUGGCAGUCUGACGGUAGUGCACGCUCACACUGGAUAAGAUUGAAACUGAAACAAGACGUGGUUUUGAGACGUCUGGCUGUUGCUGUGGCUGCCAAUGACCACAGUUACAUGCCUCAGCUCAUCUCAGUAAUGGUGGGCAAAAAUCGCGAUUCCUUGGACAAGAUCAGAGACAUCCGUAUCCCUAGCAAUGUGACGGGCUACGUUGCACUCUUGGAGAAUGCCAACAUCACACACCCAUACAUUCAAAUUAACAUCAAGCGGUGCCUGAGCGAUGGCUGUGACACACGCAUUCAUGGUUUGAAGACACUGGGUUAUCAGAUUACGAAGAAUAAAGAGGUGUCUGUCUCAGAUGCUUCAGCCAUCUGGUACCUGUCUCUCCUCACCUCUUUGGUCACUGCCUCAAUGGAGACCAACCCUGCACUGGCACAGACUGUACUUCAGAGCACUCAAAAAGCAUUACAACACAUGCCACCAUUGUCCCUUACGCCAUCAUCCACCGAAUUCCCCAAGUUCUUCUCUUUGAACAUCUUAGAAGAGGUGGAUGCAUUUCUCCUCCGGAUAGCAGAUUGCUGUGUGAGUCCAGAUGCAGAGCUGACCUUCCUCGCCUUCGCUCUGGCCAGAGGCAGUGUGGCAAAAGUGCUCCAAGCCCUUUCCUGCAUCAGCGACCACUUAAAGACAGAAUACAAGGCUUCCUCCCUCAUCACGUCAAUGGCCGCCGUUCGGCUACAACUACUCUAUCGAAAUGGGAAGCCCCUCCAGCUGCACUUACAGGCAUGUGAUACGAAGAGCAAAGAGGAGAAAUCAGGACCAGAGAAUAUGCUUACACAAUCUUCCACUGGAGAUGGUUUUCUCACUGAAAGUGGCAAAAAGAAAGCCAGUGUUAUCCUGUCAACUGAGGACCAGAGCAACUUUCAGGUCACUCAGAUGAAGAUCAACGUGCGAAAAGGGGCCAUUGGGGCGAAAUGUGGCUUGGUGUUUGCCUACAGAGAUGAAGAACCAUUUGAUGCCACAAAACAUUUCAAGAGGUUCAGAAAGUAUGACGCGUGGGACUACAAAGACUACAAGGAGUUCGUACAAGACAAUGUGAGGAUUCCAGCACUGUCUGAGGAUGAGCCGAUUGGCUGGUUUGAGGUGGCGGACGACUGGAAAGAUGUGGAGAUCAAGCUGCAGCAGUGUCGUGUUGCAAAGUUUCUGAUGUUAAAGUUCCUGUGCACCAGGCAGGACACCGCUGAGCGCCUAGGGGUGCAGUCCCUUAGCUUCUGCGGAUACUCGUCUGCUGAAACUGAGAAGCUCGGAGAUCUCGAUGACCUUAGCGGUGUGGACGACCCCUCCAAAAACGAUACUGUCACCGGCCUUUGUCUUCUGAACAAGACUUUGUUCUUCAUUCAACAGCUCACACAAAAUAUGGAUUCCUCUCACCUCAAGCGAAAAUGUCUUCUGGACUUCACUGGCCUUAACCUGGACCUCUUCUGGAGUUUCUACACUAAGCUGAUGAUGAUUGAGGGAGAAGAGGUGUUGAAAAGCAGAAUUCGUCUCCUCCAGUUGCUACAGAACUGUUUCUCCAUGCUACCCAAUCCAAUGCUCCCGAAGAUGAGCAGCACUGUGGUUGACAGAGCCCCAGCAGCAGAUGGACCAUCCACAUCCAGCAAUGGAGAGCCUGAUUCUGUCGGCGCUGUCCAGGAGCUUUACUCUCACCUCUGCCACAUUGUAAAUGAGCCUGAGGGGGUGACGUUUCUGGAAAAAGCCUUGCACAAGGAGGCUGUGAAGGCCAUUCUCAAUGGGGCAGCGGUUUUCUACCCUGAUAAACACAUCCGGCGGGACAAACUGUUCCACAUGAUGAAAAACAUCACAGAAGAGGAUCAGCUGCUCUCCGUAAAAAUGACAUUUGAGUCGCUGUGUAAUUACUUCAGUGAUCUGGAUCCAAGUGGCCUUCUCCUGCUCCCACCAAAAGGAGCUCCCUCUGACUUUGACAUCAGCCCAAUUUUAGCAGUGAUGGAGACUCUGCUCGUGGCAACACAAGAGUGUGAAGUUAUGAUGGCGGAGGGCAGUGGUGGAGCCAGUCAGCAGGCAGUAUUGCUGUCCUUGUUCUGGGCCCUUCAAGGUAGCCUUCUCUCUUGGUGCUACCUCCAGCUCAAAGGAAGCACCUCCACUGCUGUUACCAUGGAACUGGCCAGAGUUAUCCUAUUAAAAUAUGUGGAUCAGUUCUUGGGAAGCAUCAAAAGUGUACUUGGUUCCCUGCUGGAUAAGUACACUGGUGCUGAGAUUAUGAACAAACUAGGCAAAUCCAUCGUUGCCACUGUUUUCAGACAACUGAUCAUUUUCCUCCUGGAACUUUGCUCUUUGGACAUUCCUCACUGUUUGCUGCUAAAGAGCUUCUCCUCUCUGAUUGAACUCCUCAAAGGUCUUUCCAGUGGCACAGGAGACAAUUUUUCCAAGGUAGACCAGGAGAGCUGGCACCAACCCCAGAAGCCAGUGGUGCUGAGGACUUGGGCGAUGGAGUCUUCUCAUAACUAUGAAGAUAGCCGCCACGAGACCAACAUAUUUGCCUGCCCUGGUGCUACAUCGUUUGAAGUGGAGUUUGAUGAACGCUGUGAGACAGAAAAGAGGUAUGACUACCUGGAAUUCACCGACUCCAGAGGUGGAAAGGUUCGCUAUGACAUGAAGGUUGGAAGUGAGAAGUGGCCAAAGAAGGUAACAUUUGACACAGGCCCCCAGCUUCAGUUCCUCUUCCACUCUGAUAGCAGCAAUAACGAGUGGGGUUUCAAGUUCACUGUAACAGCCAUGGGUCUGCCAGACAUCACCAUUUCAUGGAUAUCUGACCUGGAGCUGCUUGUGGCCCGCCUAAUGGGGCGUCUCGCCUACAGAACCCUGGCACUCAAAUCGCCUCACGAGAUACGCUCUGUGAAAGAGCUUCCACCCUGGAAAGUGUCCCAUGUUCAGUCUUCACCUCUGUGGAAACCCAUUCUCCGACAUGGGUUGUGUGAGUUAAGGAACACAGAACAGACAAAAAAAGUCCAGAUUAGCAAGUAUAAUCUUGAAGAUGUAAUGAGGCUCCUGGAGGACUUUGCCCAAUGGAACCCUUCCCAGGAACCCACAGACAACAGAACAGAGCUGAUGAGAAACCUUGCGCAGUCCUGUAAAAAACAGGCAACGAGGAAUGAAAUAGCCACUGGGUCAACGGCAGACCAUGCUGUGAAUGCCAUUUGGGCUGUCAUGGUCUACCACACACCAGUCCUUAUACAUGCCCUCAAGGUCUAUGUCAAUCAAGAAUGCAAGUCCUGUCUAAAUGAGGACUUUGUGCAGGUGUAUUCACUGGCAGACAGCAUCAGAACUUGGAUGUUGGAAAUGAAGCAGAGAUAUAUUGUUGGCAAAAUGAAUUUUCCCGAUGAGAAAGAAGGAGGUACUGAUGAGAUUACAAUAGAGACCUUAGCCGAGAUGUGCAUUGAGAAGUGCCUACUGCUGUUCAGAUUUUCUCCUUGUGGUACACCGUGCCCCGAUGGUGAUUCAUUUAAAGCUGCAGAGGGCGGCAGUGCCCCUCGUCACUGUCCAAGUUCAGUCUCAGAAGACGAUUUUCAGGCUAGCUCCUCACUUGAGCCCCCGACGACAGCAUCUACAGAGGAGGCGAUUGCGGCCAAGCCAGUCCACAGCCAAUCUUCCAAUGUCCUGAAGGCCUCCUGUACGCACUGCAAGUUAGACAACAAAGGCUCCACCGAGAGUCUCUCAUCCUGGGGAGUUGGCAAUCCAGCCUCUCCCUCUGCUCUAACCCAUAAAGCCCCAUUCAGUCGGGCACGGCUACGCCUCCUGUCGUGCCGCUCGAUGGAAGAACCCCGCACAACCCCCUCUAUCAAAGAUCGCUACCCAGUUCUCAAGCACAUACUCAACUUCAUAAAGGACAACGCUCUCACGACAGCGAAUAUCCUGCAGACAUUGUCGCUGAACAAAGCUCAGGCUGUUAGUGUUUGCAAAGUCGUGGAGAUCAUUCAAGAGUGUUUGCAUUCCCUGGGAAAGCCACACCUCUUUCAAGCCCCAUGCAUCCUGUUCCUACAAGAACUUUUGACAUGUCAGAAGGACUUUACCAGUUAUUUUUCACAGUUGUCAGACAGCGGGCGAGAGCUAGGGGCUCAAGUGCGACGUUCCUACCAUCAGUUGGUGCUGAUUCUGGUCGAAGCAGUGCAAGGAUUCACAUGUCUUAAUGAUAAAGCUCUUCUACCAGCCCUGUCUUGUGUGCAAACCUGCUUGUUGCACCUUCUAGACUUGAAUUGGGAUGUGCACGACAUUCCCCUCUUCCUGAAAAUCAAGCUUCCAGAACUCUUACUCAGCAUGUCCCAGGAGAACAUUAGUGUUCAUGACAUUGCUAUCAGUCGUUGGACAGAGGAGGAGGAAAUUGCAGACUACAAGAAGAACCAGGAGUGGAUGGAUGAGUGCAUGGAUGGAAUGUUUGAGAAGUUUUAUGACAAAAUUGAUCAACAGGACUCUGUGGAGGACAUGCGAAAGAUGCACAUGUUCAUUGCACGUUAUUGUGACCUGCUCAAUGUGGUGAUUUCCUGUGAUGGCUGUGAAAGGAUGGCACCUUGGCACCGCUACCGAUGUCUGCAGUGCAUGGAUAUGGACCUCUGCAAGACCUGCUUCCUGAGUGGUGCCAAGCCUGAAGGCCAUGAGGAUGACCAUGAGAUGGUAAACAUGGAGUACGCCUGUGACCAUUGCCAGGGCCUCAUUGUAAGCAGCAGGAUCAACUGCAACGUGUGUGAAGACUUUGACCUGUGCUUUGGAUGUUAUAAUGCAAAGAAAUAUCCUGACAGCCACCUGCCCACCCAUCGGAUCACAGUUUACCCGAUGGUGACCAUAAGAAUAAGCGACCGCCAUCGCUUGAUUCAACCAUACAUCCACAACUACUCCUGGCUUCUGUUUGCUGCUUUGGCACUCUACACUUCAGAAGUGAUUAGUGAGAAGCAGGUAGAGGGUGAAUCUUUGGACAGUUCCACAAUGAGCCAAGCCUCAUCCCUACAGACAUGCUGCUCCAAGCUUAUCACUGAUUGCUUGCUCAAGGGGCAGACCAGCAAAGGUCUACGAGCUUCGGCUUUGCUCAAUCUGCUGUAUUCCAAUGACUCAGCCUCUGACACUGAGUUGUGUCCAGUUUCCCCCGAGUCCUCUCAGGAGGUUAGUACUGCCACUGACACCUCAUCUGUGCCUGGGAGUACUGCAGCAGUCUGCUCCCCUUCAUCACCCAAAGACAAGAGUAAACCAUCAGAAGACCAAAAGUCAAAGGAGGUGAACUCACCUCCCACUGCUCCAGCAGAAAUGUUUUUACCACCUAACACGGAGGUGGAGAAAAGAAAACUUGUUGUCCAAGACACCUUGGAGUCAAUCAGCCUCAGCAAGACACCCUCUUUGUCCAGCGAGGACCCCCUUUCCCUUGUGAUACGACCUUCAGAGUCUUGUCCAGCAGUCAACUCUCCAGCAUCAGACCAUGUCAAGGAGACUGAUGACCGGCUUCCCAAGGUCCCCCUCCAAGAGCAUGUCUUCGCAGAGUGCUCCAGAGAGAGGAUCCUGGGACUUCUAGCAGCCAUGCUACCGUCAGUCAAACAAGGAAGCGCUCUGAGUCUGCCCAGCGUCAGCUCCAUCCUGCACCAACUUUUUAGGGCAGUCAUUUCCAAUGCUGGGUCUCUUAACGAGACGUACCACCUUACCCUGGGGCUACUGGGACAGCUACUGAUGCGAAUCCCUCCUAUUGACGCCGAUUGUGCUGUCACAGAGGCCCUCACAAACAAGUAUGAGUUGCUGACACGUGGCGAAGCAGCUAUUUGUGACACUCAUGGCUGGAAGACCACCCAGUUGCUCUUCAGCCUGGGAGCCGUCUGUUUAGACAGUCGUAUUGGUCUGGAUUGGGGAUGCACAGUAGCAGAUAUUUUACAUGAUCUGAAUACUUGUCCUGGUUGGAGCACUGUCAUUGCUGCCUUCACUGACCAUUGUAUUCAGCAGCUGCCACAUAAUCUGAAACGCACAAACCUCUUCACCCUGCUGGUGUUGGUGGGCUUUCCUGAGGUGCUGUGCGUUGGCACGCAGACAGUAUUUAUUGACAACGCCAAUGAACACCACACCAUGAUCUUACUCAAACAUUUCACAGAAACAAACCAGGCAGCAGUGGUGGAUAUAAAGACACGGAAGAGAAAAACCGUCAAGGACUACCAACUCAUCCAGUCUCAGGAUUCUACAGAAUGCCUCGCAGGGCAAACUGAGGGCCAUUGUAGCCCAAAGACACUGCUCAGCCGCUACCUGAACAGCUUCAUCUCCAUCAUCUGCCACCUGCUGCAGACCAGCCAGGAAAAUGGCUCUCCUGAUGCUGUGGAGGCUUCCUGGGUUCUCUCUUUGGCCCUAAAAGGACUCUACAACACGCUGAAGAAGCAUGGAGUGGAGCAAGCCCAGGAGCCCAUCCAAAAGUCGGGAUUGACGCAGCUGCUUGUGAACAAGUGCAGCAAGGGGACUGGUUUCAGCAAGUUGUGGUUGUUACGAGAUCUAGAGAUUCUCUCCAUCAUGCUGUACUCCUCCAAGCGGGAAAUACAUUCCAUGGCUCAAGACCCUGAGCGGGAUCAAAGAGAGCAAGACAAGGAGCAUGACUCCGACCACUCAAGUAGCGUAGCUGACGACGCAGAUGUCAACAAGCCCGAUCCACUGGAUGGUCUAGAUGAGGAAACUAAGAUUUGCUUCCAGAUCACCCACGAUGCCUUAAAUGCCCCUAUGCCCAUUCUACGAGCCAUGUAUGAGUUACAGAUGAAAAAAACCGACUCAUUCUUCCUGGAGGUGCAGAAGAGAUUUGAUGGAGAAGAGAUCAAAACUGAUGAUACAAUCCGCACUUUAGCUCAGAAAUGGCAACCAACCAGACGGCCUCGCUCAGAGGACAGAAGCACCAAGGCUGUCGACACGGAUAUGAUUGUGGCAUCCUGCAUUUCAAAGCCCAGUCAAUGUGCAAAGGCCACAGAGGAGUUAAACGUGGCCACGCAGAGACUCAUCACCAACUCAGAGAGCGACUUGCAGAUCAGUUACGCCAAGCAACGGCGCACGAAAAGCUCAGCGUUGUUGCACAAAGAACUGGAUGUUCGCAGCAAUAGGGCAGUUCGUCAGUACCUCGUGAAGGUUAACCACGCCAUCUCCACGCUGUACGCCCGCCACGUGCUCGCCUCCAUGCUGGCCGACUGGCCUGCCGAGGCGGCGUUGAGCGAGGAGGCCCUGGAACUGAACGGCGCUUCUCACAUGGCCUACAUCCUGGACAUGUUAAUGCAGCUGGAGGAGCGGCUCCUGUGGGAGAAGAUUCUCCAAAGGGUAUUGAAAGGUUGCAGCCAGACUAUGUUGUGCAGCCUUUCCCUCACUGCUUGUCAGUUUAUGGAAGAGCCAGGUAUGGCAGUGCAGGUCAGAGAAUCCAAGCACCCAUAUGACAACAACACCAACUUUGAGGAUAAGGUGCACAUCCCAGGGGCCAUUUACUUGUCUGUAAAGUUUGACUCCCGCUGCCACACGGAGGAAGGUUGUGAUGAAUUCAUCAUGUCCAGCAGCAUUGAUUUCCUUCAAGAUGUCCACAUCUUCAGUGGCUCUCCUCAGAAAUGGACUGAUUUUGAAAUUCCAGGUGACACCUUGUACUACAAGUUUAUGUCCGACAUGAGCAACACAGAGUGGGGCUACAAGUUUACAGUUACAGGAGGUCACAGGGGUCGCUUCCAGACAGGUUUUGAGAUCCUGAAGCAAAUGUUGGCUGAUGAACAAGUGCUCAAUCAACUGCCAUUGACUGACAUAUGGGAGUGGCAAGUGGGCGUGGCCUGUCGCCAGACUGGGAACCAGAGACUCAAAGCCAUUCACUUGUUGCUCCGCCUUCUGCAGUGUCAAUCCCAGACAGUCUAUGAGCUGACACUGCUUCGACCUCUGUGGCAGCUCUUUGUGUCCAUGGAAAACAACUUAAGCCAGGAUCCAACCAGUAUCACUGUGCUGCUACCUCUUCACAGAGCUCUCACUGAGCUCUUCUUCAUUGCAGAGGCUCGAGCCAUCACACAGGGCAUCCUUCAGGAGUACUUGUUAGCGAUGACCACCGAUGAACACCUCCUAAAUAAUACAGCACUGGCUCUCAAGAACAUCGCCGCCAUCAGCCUGGCAAUCAAUUACCCCAAUAAAUCCACCAAGCUGCUGAAUGUGUCCCAGUGAGAGAUCCUGAGGGAGACGUAUGAGAGGAGCAGCCUAAGGGAGGGGACGCACAUCUUGAUCAUGAAGGGAGAGGGAGAAAAAGCUCCCUGAGCAGCCAGUGCCCUUUUUCCUCUGACAGGCAACGCACUGGUGGCUCUUUGCAGAACUCUGAACCCGAGCUGCCUGAGGCAGACUCAACAAGCACUUUUUACACUCACUCACAAUCCCCUUUGCCUUAGAUGAAGCCCAUAUGUCUGCAUGUGUAUUCACAUGUAAAUACUGUGGGGUCCUUUUUCUUUUUUUAAUUCUAUAUUUUUUACUGGAUGAGGCUGUGCUGAGGGGCAUGGAGUUUGCCAAAUUCCCAACUUUCAAGAAAACAUGCCUUUAGAAAAAAAAAACAAAAAAAAAAACCCAAAAAGCAAGUAGUGGUUGAACGUUGUAGAAACGGGUCACACUGACGCCUCGCUUGUCUCAGCGGACAUGCAGAGCAUCCUAAAAAUACUGUGCAGGAGUCUCAUUUGCCGUCGCAGGGGAAAAACGCUGAACUCUUCCCUUGAAUCUUUGCAAUAUUUGAUUUCCUUUCCAGACGACGUACACAAGGAGGAACUAGUAUUUUGGGACUCUUGUUCCAAGGUUUAGUCAGUAUCUCGAAAGCAGGUACCUCUCCGAUGGUACCUGCGAUGCCUUGUCUUGGCAUAGAAUGGGGAUUAGGAUUCGCCUUGAGGGAAGACUGAGAGCAUUCUGUUUGUGCGUUUCUCUCCUCACUUUAUUCAUGUACAGUACCCUCACAGAGCUCACCAGUAAAUUCAUUUAAACCAACUAUAAUGUCAUCUCAUGUGAAUAAUUAACCCCGAAAAAGUCCCUUGAUUAUCUUCAAGGCCUUUAGUUUUAGCCAGAGACUCGAUUUAUUUUUGGGUUGUUUUACGAUGUUUACCUAAAGGUUUGAUAGCCCUGAUGAAGUUUGGAUGUCAGACGAAGCGGGGCCAUCAAUAACCAUUCACGUGACUUUGUGUCCAGCAAAGUAAAACAGUCUUACCAUUAAAAAGAUGGACAGUCUUCAGCCCGAUGAAACAGAACUCAGUGUUGGUAUAAAUGUCCACAGAUGAACAUAAAUGGAAGUGAAAACUGAGGAAGUUGGAUUAUUUAAUACCUCAAAUGAUGAAGAUAUUCAGUGUGGCGCUUCUUCGGGAGGUGAUGUUCAAUUACAUGCCCCUAGCGGCUAGAGGAGAGUUUGUUAGCCAAAUACAGACAGUCCGAUGCAGUUUUAUGUCAUUUUUGGGCAAGUUGAUGAUGGGUUUUUUUUUUUUUUCCUGCCAUUGAAAUAUUUGUUUCAGCUGGAGAUUUUUGUUGUUGUAGAAAAUCACGUUCCUUUAUGCCAAAGAAACCCACAGCCGUCAGAGCAGAGAAACCUUCGUAGAUAUCUUUCUUAAUUUUUGUUUUGUUUUUAAUUAUCUGGAUGACAGUCCUACAGGAAAAGUAGGAAAGUGUAGUGGUUUUGUUUACACCAACAUCAGCUUGAGAUAAAUGAGAGGAAGAAGUAAUUAGCCUCCUCUUGGCUUCUAGAAUGCCUCACCAAUCUACAACGUGCCUAAGGUUAACAAUCAUUAUUUAACGAGUGGGGUUUAUUCAGUUGAUUUAAAAGAGGAAAUGUCAUUCUUGUCAUUUGAAGUUUUUGUACAUUUUUACUUUUAUUAUUGCUUUUGUUUUCCUUGCGAAUGCUGGAGUCUAGUCGUUUGAAUGUACAUACUGUAUCUUGUGAAUAUUAAAUGCACAGGAGGAGAAUGAUAGCGACCCCUUAUAAAUAUCAUCACUUAUUGGGCACGAACAGAUGGACACUUUGAGUCUGAUUUUGUAUGCAUGCCACAUUGAAGGCAAAAACAAUACUGCUUGGUGAUCCAUUUCUAAUUAAAAAAAAAAAAAAAAAAAAGAAAUGACAUCAAUGCACCCAAUGCAACCUGCAGUCUUUUUUUGUUUUUGUUUUUUUUGGAAGUAUUUCUUGCAGAAACAAAUGUAUUGAUCACUCACUAUCUGGAAGUGAUUAGAGCCCACACACUGUCAGCACAUCACAGUUCUUUUUUCUUGGUGCCUAAAAGAAAAGUAAAGCUAAAACAAGUAACAAGA